GGAUGUUCCCCGCCCGCCUUCUUCCGGCGCAGGCGCAGAACGCGGUUGUGGCUGUACUGAGGCUUCGCGGCCCUCUCGCUCGGUCAGUCGCGGCGCCGACGACGCUCCCGUUUCUCUCAGCAGCGGCAGCAGUUUCCCACACAAGGCCGUCGCCAUGGCGAUGCAAGCGGCGAAACGCGCCAAUAUCCGUCUGCCCCCUGAAGUGAAUCGAAUUUUAUAUAUCAGAAACUUACCGUAUAAGAUCACAGCAGAAGAAAUGUAUGACAUUUUUGGAAAAUAUGGACCGAUUCGACAAAUCAGAGUAGGAAAUACUCCUGAAACUAGAGGUACAGCCUACGUUGUCUAUGAAGAUAUCUUUGAUGCCAAGAAUGCUUGUGACCAUCUGUCAGGAUUCAACGUGUGCAACAGAUACCUUGUUGUCUUGUACUAUAAUGCAAACAGGGCAUUCCAAAAGAUGGAUACAAAGAAGAAGGAAGAGCAGCUCAAACUUCUGAAGGAGAAAUACGGAAUAAAUACAGACCCACCAAAAUAAAAAAUAUAACCUCUAUGAGGAACUGGCUUUUUUGGACUUUUUUUUUUCUUUUAAAAAAAUCCUAUCGGUGUUUCUAAACUAAGUGCCCCACAAAAUGUUCAUGAUUAGUUUGGAGCAAGGACAUUUUGGGAUGCUAGAUUUAGUGAAAACAUAGCUUUAUAAUCCCAGUUUUGGAAAGACUCGUGACUGCCCUAUCGUUAUGAUACUUGGCACUUUGAAAUUAAGGUUAGCCAUAGAAUUUGGUACACUUUUGUAGAAAUCUCCUACAGCUCAGAGCCUUAUAAAAAGCUUUUUGAAUAUUUAAUCAAUAUAAUCAUUACAGUUGUGAGAACAUGUAAAACAUUCCGGGAUAAAAUUCUGUAUUUAAUCUGUUAGGAAAGUACACUUAUUUUGUGUUUUGGUUUCAUAAAUGUAUUUUCACAAUUUGUCUUUUUCAGUGGCAUGAAGAUAUGCUUUAAAAAGAGCUGCAAGUAGGGAAUGAGGUUUGCAAGUGAGAUACUAUGCCUAGUGUUCAUCUAACCUUAGGGAAGAAUUCAGCUUGAUGUCUGGUGCAAUUAGGGUAGUGAACUGGCUCCAAGAUGUAUCUUAAAGAGUUUUGUUACAGAGAAUAGCAGAGCUCAUUUGGCAUUUGCUGCAGUGGUCUUAUUUGCUUGGGCUGACCCACUAUCUUGGGUUUUGAAUCCGUAAUUCAUCUGCAAGGACGACUAAAACGACAAACUCAUCUCUGCAGUGAAGCUCUUCAAAAGAGGAAAGGAGUUCUAGGCUUAUUGUGUCCAUCCAGAGACAGUGUCAAUUUUUUUGACAAUGUUUUUCUGGUCUGGCUUUUCAUUUUGCUGUUAAUAUUGCUUGCUCUUCUAAGUGACAGACAUAACUUUAAAAUUAAGUUUUAACUUUGUUCAUUUGACAAAUAAAAAUAGUAUGCCAUUUUCCUUUUAA